AUGCACAACUUGGCGCCUUCACAGAAACAAAUCGAUAUCAUUCGCUACAGCUGGGAACGCGUGUCUGAAAUCCGAUGUGCUGGCGAUGACCGCAAUGUUUCGUCUGCUCACGCAUUUGGUUUGGUAUUUUACGACGCUCUAUUUGAACUGGACCCGGAUGCAAAGAAGCUGUUUCCCAACGUCUAUAAACAAGCACGCGCAUUGACAGGUAUGAUCUCCUAUAUUGCGAGGGCACCGUCCGUCACGGCCCCCAAUCUGAUGGAAGGUGCGACGAUGUGUUGCCCAGGAGACAAAAGUAAAUAUGACGAGGCGGACCCAGAGUGGCUUGCCCACCAAAUGCGAGAAUUGGGCGCCCGACAUUACUUUUACGGAGUUCAUGCACAUCAUCUGGAUUUGGUGGGCAAAUCGUUUGUGGAAGCCCUGAAAAGAAGACUAGGAGAUGAGUAUACGGAUGAGAUUGGUGAUGCUUGGCUCAAGGGUCACGCCUAUACCACGUAUCAUAUGCGCAUUGGUCUGGAAACCCAGCGAAUGUGGGAAAUGGAGCGCCGGACCGCCACAACACAAGCAGCAUCGAAACCGGAUGCAUGCUUGAUUCAAUAA